UUUGAGAGAUGAGAUGAGUGAGAGUUGUAAACAUAACCUAAUAUAUUUCAAAGAUGUUUUCCCUUCUUUCACAAAAAUAAGCAACAUUAUUGACUUCUAAUAGUGAUGAUGACUGUAACAAACGCCCGGUCGAUUAUGAAACGCUUCUUUAGCUCAGUGGCGCAAUCGAGAAACUGCCUUCAACAUUUAAAAGAGCGUAGUCUUGUGCAAGUUAAAGGGCCCGACGCUUCUAACUUUUUACAAGGGUUGAUCACAAAUGAUAUCAAUCAUCUAAGCGAUAGAGUUGGAAGUAUGUUUGCAAUGUUUCUUAAUAUUAGGGGACGCAUAUUAUUUGAUACGCUGAUCUAUAAAACCGAAGUUAAAGACGAGUAUUGGAUUGAAUGCGAUCGAAUAGCAAGUACUACGCUACAGAAACAUCUCAAAAUGUACAAAGUUAAGCGACAAGUGGAUAUAACUGGUUUAGAUGACUAUGAAGUGCAUGUUCUUUAUAGUUCCAAAUUUCUUGACACUUCAGUCACUGACUUUAAAAGUGUAAUUGAGAAUGCUGGGAAAAGUGAUUUCCCAGAAAGUUCCGCUGGUUUCAGAUCUUUUAAUAGUCUGUUAAUAUUUAAAGACCCCAGAGUGCCACAUAUGGGCUUCAGAAUACUAUCAAAACGGAUAGAUGUUCAAAGUGUGUUAAAUAGUUUGGUGGAAUGUGACGAUUCGAACAGUUAUAGAAAACUCAAGUUUAGCUUAGGAAUUGGAGAAGGUAUAGAAGACUUACUUUCCGGAAGCUCAUUUCCGUUAGAAUGUAACUGUGAUUAUUUGCACGGAGUUAGUUUUCAUAAGGGCUGUUACAUAGGACAAGAGUUAACGGCCAGAACAUAUCACACAGGAGUAAUCAGGAAGAGGUUGAUGCCGUUACAUUUUUCCAAAGUUCCCACGGCCCUACCCGAAGGAAAUAUCGUUAUAAAUAAGUCUAAUUUAGGAAAAUUAAGGGGUAUUGAAGGCAACGUGGGUUUAGCUUUAUUAAGAGUUGCUGAAGCCUUAGAACUCGGUAGUAUUACAGUUGGAAAUGGAGAAGCUUCAAUAGUUAAACCAUUUUGGUGGCCUGUAGAAUUACCUAAAGAGAAAUUAAACGUACCUACUCCAGUGUAAAUAAUCAAUGUUUCAAUAAACUAGUCCAGAUAA